AUGGGGAACAAAGUCGCGACGUUCAGUGAGGAGCAGCUGGAGGACUAUCAGGACUGCACGUUUUUCACGCGAAAGGAGAUCUUGAGAAUUUUCAAAAAAUUUCGAGAGAUUGGAGAACCUGGCGUGGUUCCUCGCAGAAUGUCGGCAGAUGAAGCUUCGAAACUUCGAAUUCCACUUUCGUGUCUCGAAAAAAUUCCGGAGUUGAGAGAAAAUCCAUUCAGAGAGAGGAUAUCCGAGGUCUUCACGAGCACAAACGAGCAACGCAAUUCGCUGGACGAGGGCAUAUGCUUCGAGGAGUUCCUGGAGAUGAUGUCUGUAUUCUCGGAACAAGCGCCACGUGAUUUGAAAGUUUUCUACGCCUUCAAGAUUUAUGACUUCGAUGAAGACGGAGUAGUGGGGAUGUCAGACCUCGAGAGAACCUGUCGCCAACUGGUUCAGGAUGGUCUGACAACCGAGGAAAUAGCGACGAUCUGUAAAAAAGUACUCGAGGAGAGCGAUAUCGAUGGAGAUGGCGCACUAUCGUACCUGGAGUUCGAGCACGUCGUCACGAGAGCUUCAGACUUCUUGGCAACAUUCCACAUUCGCAUCUAGUUCCUCAUUCAUUUCGAUACCGAGGGAUUUUACAGGGAAAUUUCAGGACAUGUCGUGCACGGAAAAAAUGUAGUUGAAUUGAGAAUUGAAUAUAACCGAUUCAAGUUUUUUUUUUUUCGUGUGCGGAA